GUCGUCCGGUCUCAGUUUAAAAACUGAACCGCGGAGACGCGAGAAGCAGCUAAAGCUAACGUUACGGUCUUUUUCGACGUUUCUUACUUCAAAUGUGAUGCAUGGUGAAUAAAAAAACAUCCGGAAGAUGAUGGAGUCUUGUUUUGCCGGGAAGGCAGAGAGAGUUGGACCGGUGGAGGUGGAUGACAUCAGGAAAGAUCUGUUUGGUGAAUUUGCCGCUCUUCCAGCCGAGGACGCUGUUCCGUCACAGUCGGAGAACCUACAGGUAUUCCUGAGGGUUCGACCUUUCACUGCAGCUGAGAGUGACAGCGAAGGUUCACAGGAGUGUGUGACCAUCGAGGGACCGGACACUGUGGUCCUGAAGGCUCCUAGGAGCUGUCAAUCAAACAGACAGAAUGAGAAGUCCCUCCCACAGACGGCACAGAGGUUCAGCUUCACACAGGUGUUUGGUCCGGACUCCAGUCAGAGGAAGGUGUUCGAGGGUUCAGUUCGAGGUUUGGUCCGAGGCGUUCUGGACGGAGGAAACUGUUUGGUGUUCACAUACGGGGUCACCAACGCUGGAAAGACCUUCACAUUCCUCGGUCCGGACCAUGACUCGGGUCUGUUGCCGCGCUCUCUGUCUGUGAUCUUUAACAGCAUUGAGGGUCGUCUGUACAGCCGGGUGGAUCUGAAGCCUCAGCGCUGCAGAGACUUCACCAGACUGACUCCAGACCAGCAGGCGGCAGAGCUCAGCAGCAAGAAGAACCUGCUCAGGCUGUUGAAAGAGAGUGACAAAAAUCUGACCGCUGGAAGAUCAACGUUUCUUGAUGGCUCGUCUCUCAGCACAGACAGCAGCGUGAACAGCACCUCAGACUCCGACAGUUUCUGUCUCGACGUCUCCUCAAACGUCCGUUAUUCUGUCUGGGUUUCUUUCUGUGAGAUUUACAACGACAACAUCCACGACCUGCUGGAACAGAUUCCCGGUGGACACCAGAGGAGGACGGUGCUGCGUCUGUCUCAGGACGUCAAAGGAAACUCCUUCAUUAAAGACCUGAGGUGGGUCCAGGUGAACAGCUCGGAGGAGGCCUACAGAGUGAUGAAGAUCGGGAAGAAGAACCAGAGUUUCUCCUCCACCAGACUGAACCAGCUCUCCAGCAGGAGCCACAGCAUCUUCUCCGUCAGGAUCCUAAAAGUGGACGACGUUGGAGUUCCCAGAGUCCUCGGUAUCAGCGAGUUGGCUCUUUGUGACCUCGCCGGCUCCGAGCGAUGUUCUCGGACUCAAAACACCGGAGAGCGAUUGAAAGAAGCGGGAAACAUCAACAGCUCUCUGCUGACACUCGGGAAGUGCAUCAACGCCAUGAGACUCAACCAACACGCCAAGUUUCAGCACCACAUCCCCUUCAGGGAGUCCAAGCUGACCCACUUCCUGCAGUUCUUCUUCUGUGGUGCCGGCCGGGUCUCCAUGGUGGUCAACAUCAACCAGAACUCGUCCUGCUUCGACGAGACGCUCAACGUUCUAAAGUUCUCGGCUCUCGCCCAGAAGGUGGUGGUGUUGAAUACAAGGCCAGUUGUUGUGGACGAGGCCCCCCACAGGUCGGCCAUGGAGCUGUCGAUGAUUAUCGACGAGGCUGAUCAGCGCAGAAACGUCUCCGGGCGGGGCAGGAAGAGCUCGCUGGUCGCUUGGGAAACGACCCUGGAGGACGUGCAGGAGGAUGAGGACGGUGAAGACUGGGAUGAGGAGGAAGAAGAGGAGGAGGAGGAGGAGGAGGAGAGUGCGAUGGAGGGAACAGUGCUGGAGGCAGGAGGAGAGGAGGACGAGGAAGAGGAGGGGGACAGGACCAUGGAGGAAGACCACAGGUCCGACAGGGAGGCGGCGCUGCGUUUGGUUCUGGAGGCUCAGAUCAGAGAAGAAGUCAGCACUGAGUUCAUGGAGCUCUUCAACAAGAUGGAGAAAGACUACAGUGAGCGUCUGGAGAAGGAGAGAGAGAUCAUGGAGGAGCGAGCGGAGAAGAGGGUGGAGAUCCUGAAGAAUCUGGUCAACAAGACGGUCGACCUUUCUGCUGUCAACGCUGAGUCCACCAAGCAGGAGCAGGAGGCUCUGUUAGAAGGAUUCAUCAGCUCGAUGACUGAAGACCUGGAGAGAAUCAAAGAAGACGCUCAGAGUGCUCAGCGCUGUCUGACUGAACACGCACAUGUUGCAGAGCUUGAAGCGCUGCGACUGGAGAAGCAGCAGACACACGACCAGCUGCAGGAGGCCAUGGAGAGUCUGCAGCAGCAGAAAGAGAAAUUAUCAGACCUGAUGGAGAUCUGUCAGCAGAAAGACGAAAUCAUCAACAAACUGCUGAAGGAGGAGAUCCUGAAACUGGAGGAGAGGAGGGGGAGACAGAGGAAGCAGCAGGAGGAGGAGGAGGAGGAGGAGGUGGUGGGGGGGGGGAGCAGGGCGUUCGAGGCUGUGAGGAGAGAGAUGGAGAGGCUGCAGGCGAGCUCACAGAGAUGUGGUGGGCGUGUCCUCACAGAUCAGGACGCUCAAGUCUCUCCUCUGAGAUCCAACAUGGCCGACAGGAAGAAAACCCCCAGAACUACAGGGAGGAAGAGGAAGAGCUGUGAGAUGCAGGGCCUGGUGUUCAGCGAGAAUAAGAGAAACCGAGUGAGGAACACACGGAAAGACAAAGAGUCCUGCUCUGUGGUGAAGGAGAAGAGAGACGGCGCUCUGCAGAAGAUCGGAGAGUUGAUCCACAGCUCGCCCUCCAUCCUGGGCAGCAAAGCUAAAACCAUCCUCAGCCUGGUCAGUGGACCUGAGGCGGUUACCACGGCAACCAAACCGAAAAGAGGCCGGAAAAAGCUUUUCAAGAAAGACGCGGAAUCGCCGCUGUUUGACUUGCCACACCCGACGUCAGGCGGAGCGGACGAGGAGAAGGAGAGCGAUCACGUCAUCAUUAAGAGACAGCUGAGAUCAAAAACAUGCAGGAAGUGAAGACGAGGAGGAAAUCCUUUUAAAUAUCUGUACAGUUAGUUUUACUUUGUAUUUUUUAGGAGUUUUUUUUGUUUUUCAUCGUUGGGGGUGAAUAAAAAGAUGUGAGAACAACCCUUCUUACUUUAAUAAAAAUAAAAAUGAUUCCCAGCCUCCGUCUGA